AUGGACAACGCGGCGAAUGAGAAGAUGUUUGAUUUCCUGCACGAUCAGCGUGAUUCCGCCCCCGAUGAGCUGCAACACUACUUCAUCACCUUUGAGGAUUACUGGGAGCGCAAAUUGUGGCACGAAUUGACGGAUCUGCUGGUGGAAUACUACGCCGAGGAUGCCAGCGCUCCUCAGCGACUGCCCAUUUUCAACACGUUCAUCAAGACCUUUGCCGACAAGAUCAAUCAGUUGAAGCUGGUGCGCAUUGGUCUGAGCACGGCAAAGCAGUGCAAGGAUGACAAGGAGAGACUGACGUUCCUGUCCGCCCUCGCCACGCGCGUCGACAAGCCGGCCUCGCGCGAUUCCUACGCCUACGCCCUCACCUCCGUCGCCAACGUGCGCCUCUCUCUCAAGCAAAUCAGCGAAGCCCGUCAAGAUCUUGACAAGUGUGAGGCCAUCCUCGACACCUUCGAUGCGGUGGAGACGGCGGUACACGCCAACUUCUACUGGGUCAGCGCGAAAUACUACCAACAUCAACACGAAUUCGCCGCAUACUACCGCACCGCCCUCCUCUACCUUGCAUGCGUCGACACUGCAGACAUCACACCCGUCGACCGCCAACACAUUGCAUACGAUCUCAGCAUCGCGGCGUUGGUCAGCGAGAGCAUCUACAACUUUGGAGAACUCCUCCUCCAUCCCAUCCUCGACUCCCUCAAAUCCACCCCACACUCCUGGUUACGCGACCUGCUCUACGCAUUCAACAGAGGAGAUCUCCAAGCCUACACCAUCCUCCAACAACACCUUGAUGAGAACACCCUCUUCAAGCAACACCAGCAGUUUCUCUACCAGAAGAUCUCCCUCUCUGCUCUCACACAGCUCAUCUUCUCGCGUGCACCUCAAGAUCGCGCCAUGACCUUCUCGGCCAUUGCKCAGGAGACCAAAGUGCAAAUGGAUGAGAUUGAGCACCUCAUCAUGAAGGCGUUGAGUUUGGGCUUGUUGAAGGGUAGCAUUGAUCAGGUUGCGGAGGUGGCGCGGAUAACAUGGGUGCAGCCCAAGGUGUUGGAUCGGGGAGGCAUUGAGGGUAUGAGGAUGAGACUGAAGGAGUGGGAUGGUGGGGUGGAGAAGUUGGGCAACUGGAUUGAGGGUGUCGGACAGGAUGUUUGGGCGUCAUAG